AUGAGCGAGUAUGAGAACUUUGGUCUAAUGUUGCAGCACUCCGUGCAAGCGAUCCAGCAUGGCCACUCCUUCGCAAUGCAAGUCUUCAACAUUAAGAAGGAGUUGGCGAAUAAAACCAAGGAGGCUGUUGGCUUGCAGAAGAUCAUCAGCAAGGCCGAGGCAAAGAUGAAGACCUUGACUGAUCAGGCCGACGCAGCCAAGAAGGCUCAGGACGAGGCCGAGGAAAAGGCUGACGCUGCAGAGGCCAUUGCCAAAGUCCUUGCGGCCGAAAAGAAAGAGGCCGAGGCAAAGAUGGUCGAGGCCCAAAAAGAGCUUCAAGAUGCCCUGGUCACAAAAGAGGCCGAGAUUAAAGCGGCUGAUGAGAAAGCGUACGCCGAGGGAGCAGCCAACGAUGAAGAUGAAGUCUCGAAAGGUGCCUCCUCCCAGAAGACAACUUCCGAGGUGCCAAUCACCGAGAGGAGUAUCGAUCAAACUCUACAGGAGAUUGACGUCGAGCUCGAGGCUGAGAAGGUUGCCGAGAAAUCUUCACAACUAUCUUCUGGGGACAAGACACAGGCCGCUACCAACGUUGAGUAG